CAAAAUGCUUAGAUGGCCCAUGUAGUCUCUACAUUCUAGCUGUCCCAAAUGUCAACUUCGUUGUGGAAUGUGGAUUAAAUUUGAUGAUAUGCUAUGGUUUGAGUUUGCAAAGCUGAGGAAAGCCUGAUCGCCCGUUCCUGAUCCUGCAGUGCAUUGCAGUAGUGCACCACUGUCCCUGAACCGCCUCUUCCGAGUUCCGACUUCCGACCCAUAAACCGUCCAUCUCCACGACCGCCACCAUCAUCCCCCCGUCCACCGCCUCGCCACCCCACCUCCCCCCUCCACCACGUCCCCGCACCGCAUCACCUGCCGUCACGCUCCGGCCCGCACCCCGCGGCAGCCGCCGCUGUCCCCACCAAUCCGCCCCCUUUCCCGUCCUCGAUGUCCACCCCGUCGGCGCCACCGCCCUGCCCGCACCUCGCCGCGCACCGCCUGUCGUCGCGCCCGCUGCGCUUCCUCCGCCGCUGCCUGCGCGUGCGCCCGCUCGGCCGCCCCGAGAUCCGGCGGGACCCGCGCGAGCUGCCGCGCUGCUCGCCCUGCGCCGCCGCGGCCCCGUCCCCCACCUCCCGCCUCUACGCCUGCCUCUCCUGCGCCGCCGUCUUCUGCCCCUCCCACGCCGCCUCGCACGCCUCCGCCUCCGCGGGGCCCGGCCACCAGAUCGCCGUCGACGUCGACCGCGCCGAGCUCUUCUGCGCCGCCUGCGGGGACCAGGUCUACGAUCCCGAUUUCGACCACGCCGUCUUCCUCGCCCAGUCCUCCUCGCUCCUCCCCUCCACCUCCGCCUCCUCCCCGUCCCCGUCCGCGGCGCUCCGCAAGCGCCGGCGCGUGGAUUACCGCGCAUGGGCGCCAGAUCCGGCCGAGUUCGCGCUCAUGAGCUCCGCGGACCCCACCACAUCCGCCUCCGCCGCCGCACCGGCGGGGCUGCGGGGGCUCAACAAUCUCGGCAACACCUGCUUCAUGAACUCCGUGCUCCAGGCGCUCCUCCACGCGCCCCCGCUUCGGAACUACUUCCUCGGCGAUCGCCACAAUCGGUUCCUCUGCCCGCGCCGCACGCCCGUCAGACACCGCGCCACGGACGCCGACGCCGCCAGGGUCGCGUGCCUCGCUUGUGACCUCGACGAGAUCUACUCUGCGGCCUUCUCCGGGGAGCGCAUGCCGUACAGCCCCGCCAAGUUUCUAUAUAGUUGGUGGCAGCAUGCAUCAAACCUCGCAAGCUACGAGCAACAGGAUGCUCAUGAAUUCUUUAUUUCCAUCCUUGACCAUAUCCAUGAAAAUAUAAAGGACGACCAACAAAAGUCACAUGCCCAAGCCCAAGGCCAUGGGGACUGUUGCAUUGCCCACAGAGUGUUUUCUGGUAUCCUGAGGUCAGAUGUCACCUGCACAAGCUGUGGGUUCACAUCCACAACUUUUGAGCCCUGUAUGGACAUUUCUUUGGACAUGGAUGCUGGAGAUAACAGUUCUUUUGGUGUUGCAAAUACAAAGCCGCAUGUGCGCAAUGGGGAACGUGGCUUGGCUGGCAUGAAUUCCAAGGUGUCAACACUAAUGAGGUGUUUGGAACGGUUUACAAGGUCUGAGAGACUUGAUGCUGAGCAAAAGUUCUUCUGUGAACACUGCAACGAGAGGCAAGAGUCCCUGAAGCAAAUGUCCAUUCGCAGGCUUCCAUUAGUUUCCUGCUUUCACAUAAAGAGAUUUGAGCAUUCAUCAGUCAAAAAGGUGUCGAGGAAAGUUGAUCACUGUUUGCAGUUUCCUUUCUCCCUUGACAUGGCACCUUAUUUGUCAUCAUCUAUUCUCAGAAGUAGAUAUGGUAACCGCAUAUUUCCUGCAGAAGCUAGUGAUGCAGAUGCAGUUUCAGAAAUGUCAUCAGAAUUUGAAAUAUUUGCAGUGAUCACGCAUAGCGGUAAGCUAGAAGCUGGCCAUUAUGUGACAUAUCUGAGGUUAAACAAUCAUUGGUACAAAUGUGAUGAUGCCUGGGUAACCAGAGUUGAGGAGCAUACUGUCAGGACUUCUCAGGCAUACAUGCUCUUCUAUGUGCAGAAGACGCUUUACUACAAAGCUUGUGAAAGAGCAGCCACAGUCUAAUCUGAAGCAAACAUUGAUGGCACUACUCGAGACCACCAGAAAAAAAGUUGUCACCGAAUCAGAUACACAUGUAGUUUCUCAAUCAAGAGAAAAAAUGUGUGUCGUAUGCACAGCACAGCCAUGGCCUGGCAAAGUUUUUCAUUCUCCACUGACCUAUAGUUCCAAUCAGAGGGAAGCUUUUUCCGGCAAUUUUCUUUACAGACAGCUGCCCAAGAGAAGAUGCUCGAAUUUAUGGCAAUUUUCUUUACAGACAGCUGCCCAAGAGAAGAUGCUUAAAUUUAUGCAUCGAGUUAUUGUACUAUCCUGGCUAAUGGAUUUCUUGUGGUGAUUUCGUUAAAACUCAAGUGCUUCAUUAUUUGAUACCAGCGGUGGUGACUGGUGAGGAUGCUCUAACCAGCUGCGCUGGUGUUUAAUAUUGGAUUGAGCAAGGGGAGGAGUAUAAAAUGUGGAAAGAAAACAUAAAGGGAACCGAUUUUUUAAUGUGUUCCUUUCACCAAUUGCAUUCUUGCUCUACUGAAGGUAGAGUUUUUCUUGCUGAUACUGUUCGUUGUGUAUUGCUCCCUUGCUUUUUUGCUUGGCCUUGGUUUUAAUGGAUGAGCUGAAAUCUAUAGCAGUUGUCAUAGUGUCCACCAAUCUUGUCUUAUAUUGAGGUUAGAAAAUGUAAGGCAGAUUACAACAGGGCUGGGAUGAGCAGGAACAUGGAGAUAUCAUGCGAGUUGCAUUUUGCCA